AUGUCAAAUGCUGGCAGCCCGGAAAGCUCAUGCUUUAGGACAGCCCACACUAUGGAACCACUGGCAAGGAAGAUCUUUAAAGAACUUUUAAUAGCCGAACUUCUGGGCAUUUUUGGAGCAUAUUUUUUGUUUAAGAAAAUGAACACAACACAAGAUUUUGGGCAAACGAACAAGAAAUUCCCUUUUAUCUUAAAAGUUUAUUACAAAUCCAUCAAACAAUUUACAAUGUAUAGAAUCAUAGAACAAGAUCAAGAAAAAUGGUUGAACAGCAAACAUUAA